CGCCCUCCCUCUCGCGCGCUGUGAUGCAGCGGAUCAUCAGCCUCGCCGUGACGCGCUCCCCCGUCGCGCUCCGCGCCUGGAAGAGGGGCCCGGCCCGCGGGGAGCAGCCGGCCGCGCACCGACAGGGUCCGGGGAUGUGCGCCCGUCCCGCGCGUCCUUUCACCGGGCUGCCCGGCCGGAGGUUGUGCAAGCGGAGGUUCGCGUUCCCCUGUCAGAAGCACAGGCCGUUCAGCUCGGAGGAGGGGCCGCCGGGGAUCCCCGCGGGGGGGCCCGCCGUCUCCGUGGUCGGUAUCCCGGACCCCAUCACGUGGGUCCGGUGCAGAGUUCUCAUGUAUCUGGUCGACCUCCACUUCGGGUUUGACAUAGAGGAGUUUGAAAAAGGAGUGAAGCAGGCUUUGGUCCACGUCUCCGGCCUGCUGUCCAGCGGCAAAUACCACAAUCUAGUGGGGAUUGUGUCCAGCGAGACGAUCGACUACGUCCAGAUGAGGUGCGGGUCUCUCAGCGAGGCUCGGCGACGGCAGCUCGCCGUCACCAUGGACGACAUCGUAUUCGCGCUGCCGGAAGACGUGUCCGUCGUCUUCGACAAACACGGUAGACAGUUCUGCGACGUGGCCAUGAGGUUCUGGCUCCUGUCAACGUACGAAGGGCCCGACGACCCCGAGGGCACCAAGAUCUUCCAAGUGGCCCCCAGUGGAGACGGCGGCCCGCAGAGGAGAAUAGUGACGGCGGUCUAUGAAUUCCACCGAGAGCUGACGAGAGGGGCGUCUCCCGACUGGACCGUCACCACCGUCUGGCACUGGCACUGGGAAGCGGCGGAGUGACGACGCCGCGGGCGGGACGGAGAGUUCGGCUGAAUCGGCCCCGUUUGGAGGAGCGUACUUCGGGACGACGCGAAACAGGAGCCAGAGACACGACACCCCGAAGACAUCGGGACUUAUGGGGACCAAUGGCAACUGUUGGUCACAUGAUGUCAGCAGAGCUAUCGCCGUGACAACUAUCCACGGGGGAAGGCCACGGAAAGCACCCGAAAAGAUCACAAGUGAACCUUCAUUUUUUUUUUUUUUGUCAAAUCACAGUUCAAUCGAAAGAGUUGUGCCAAUAAACGGCUUGAUCAAAUAUU